GCGUGAGUCAAUGCAGACAUUGACUUCUUGUUUAUUUAACCCACUUCAUCUUUUUACUCAAACAUUUGAGUCAUUCAAAGAAUCGACUCCCACCAUGCAGCUCGACGAUAUCCUGAAAGUGAUUGGGGAAUUCGGACCAUAUCAGAAGCGAAUAUAUUUCCUGCUGUGCCUGCCAAUCCUCUUCGUGUCCAUGUUUGACAUACUAAAUGCUUAUCUGAUGUAUAACCCGACACACGUGUGUGCCACAAUUGCUUCCCCUUUUCAAAUAAAGGAAAUCUCCUCCGACUACUCCGACAAAUCUUCCAGUGUUAAUCCUGAUCAGUAUGAAUAUGGGGAAUGCAGUGUAACGAUUGGAAAUAACAGCAGUAAUACAACAUUGAAUGCAUGUUCGUCUUGGUCGUAUGAUAAGACUGUGUUUACUUCUACGUAUGUUUCUGAGUACAACUUAGUAUGUGACCAUGCUCUAACGGCAGCGUAUAUACAGGUCGUCAUGCACUCGGGGUCAAUGACAGGCUCAUUUGUUGAGGGUUUCCUAUUGGACAGGUUCGGGAGAAAACUUGCUUUGUGUGGAGGCAUUACCCUUGCCAUGGUGGUUGGUACAUGUGCCGCAUUCUCUCCUAAUAUCUACGUCUUUACAGUCCUUGGAUAUAUCCAGUCUUUGUUUUGUUCGUUCGUAUUCUCAGCAGCUUUUGUAUUAGGUUUGGAGCUUGUUGGACCGUCCAAACGUCGCUGGGCUGGGAUUCUGGUUAAUUUUUUCUAUUCAGCUGGGCUGAUGUUGUUAUCAGGAUUUGGAUAUGCAAUCCGUGAUUGGCAAUAUAUUCAAAUUGCAUGCUCUUUACCUUUGGCACUUUUCAUCUUUUACUGGUGGAUCAUUCCCGAAUCACCACGCUGGCUGAUCAGUCAGGGUAGAUAUAAAGAAGCCCAUGCUAUUAUCCGUACAAUAGCUAAAUACAAUAAAUGUGAAGACAAGCUGUUCCUUAACCAACUAACAGACGAUGAUGACGAGGAACCCGAACGGUUCAAAAUCUGGCACCUUUUCUCGUCUUGGUCCAAUAUUGUCAGAUGUGUGAUAAUCUGGGUAAACUGGAUGGUUAUCUAUAUAACAUACUUUGGAUUUUCCUUAAAUGCUGCUAAUCUAAGCGGGAACUUUUACCUCAAUCAUCUACUCGCUGGCCUUGUCGAAUUUCCAGCUAACGCUGUUGCGUUUGUAUUGUUGGAUAGGAUUGGGCGGAAAAAACUCUUUAUCUUAGGGAUGGUUAUCGGCGGAUUAUGUUUACUCUUGACAGGUGUAUUCGAACAUUUCUGGCCUGUUGAAAUAAUUUCUAUUUCGUUUGCUAUGGUGGGAAAAUUUGGAAUAACGAUCGGAUAUGCCGUGGUAUAUGUGUGGUCAGCCGAACUAUUCCCCACAGGACUACGGAGUACAGGACUAGGCUUAGGAUGCAUGUUUGGCGAUUUAGGAUAUAUAUUUGCGCCUUACGUUUUACAACUGACUCGACGUGUCCCGGGCUAUGGACGUGUUCUACCGUUAUUCCUGUUCGCUGUGUUGGCAUUGGGAGUCUCGUUUCUCACUCUUUUGUUACCUGAGACGACGAUGGAAUCACUUCCAGAGACAAUGCAAAUUCACCCAGAAAAAUUCGAGUCUCCUAAAGAUAGCAGUCAGAGGAGGAUAUCAGGAGAUAAGCUGACAGUGGAGGAGUCGUUAUUAUAAAUCUAGACAUUUGCAGAGUUCACUUAUCAGCUGUUUUAUAUUGGUGAAUUACGAACAAUUAUUUUACCCUCGUAUUUUUCUGCACAUCAACACAAAGAGUACUGUGACAACAAACAACAUCUUAUUUAGAAAUAAAUUAAAGUG